UGUCGGAAAAUUGGUAUGGUUGUUUUGAACGUGGAAUAUUGGUACGGUCGUUAAAAACCAGGGUUUCUUAAACUAUGAAAAAAAAACAAUCAUAAAGCAUCUAAACAUUAGAUAAGUAUUGCAUGAAAUUGUAGGGAAGUAAUAAUCUAAUCUAUAACGACAAAUGACAAUAUCGAUAACGAUGAAUAAAGAUAUUGUAUAGGUUUCAUGCGACUUAAUACAUCUACAACGCUCAACUUUGCCACGUGACCACAAUUUUCAAUUUUAAUUUUGUUAUAAUGGAAAGUUUUAAAACUGAAAAGGGAAAUGAAUUAAUUCCAUACAAGAAUUAUUCGUAUGUAAUUUUAAGAAAAAAUAAUAAUACUAUUAGGAGGAAAUGUUCUCAAAAUACAACAUUAAAAUGUCCGGGAAAAAUUACUACGAAUUUAAUUAAACCCGUAAGUUUUAAACUAGUAAUAAUUUAUACUAUUGUAUCUAUUGUAUUGUAAUAUAUUAUAUGAGGUGAAAAUAUUAAUUUUAUUUCAGUAUACAAACUAUUCAAAUAUAGUGCCCCAUAACCACACUUCAAAUAAUAAAAUUGACGAAAUAAUUGUUAUUAAACAUAAUAUAAAAAAAGAGCCUUAGACACACGAGAAACUCCAAGUCAGAUGGUUUCAUCCAUCAUGCACAAUAUUUCAGGUUAGAUGAUUAUUUUUAUUAUUAAAUAAAUAUUAUUAUUUUUAAUUUUUUUUAAAUAUUUUAUGGCUGUAGAAGAUACAGCAGUAAAACUGGGAAAUUUGUCUUCCAUAAAACGUAACAUACGAAAUUACCGACAUAGAAAAUUCCCCGAUGAACCGUUAAAUGCAAAUUUUUGUUUUCCCGAAGAGUGGACAACUACGAUGGGUGCUGAACCUAAGCCAUUUUUGAUUUUUGAUAAUAAACAAGCUGAUUCGCGAAUUUUGAUUUUUGCCUCUAAUUUCGCUUUAAAUAUUUUGUCUUGCGCGGAAACUUGGUUUAUGGAUGGAACUUUUAAGUGCUCAACUACUUUAUUCCAACAACUUUAUGUUAUACGAGGAAAGUAUAAAGAUCAAAUAUCUACUUGUGUGUAUGCAUUUUUACCUAAUAAGUUAAAAAGUACGUACACCACUAUUUUACAACAAGUUGUUAUUAAUUGUCUUCAAACUUCAAACAAUCCAAAACCAAAAUAUAUCGUGAUGGAUUUCGAAAUAGGAGCUAUAAGUGCUACUAAACAUGUAUUUGGUGAUAGUGUGCAGGUUAAAGGAUGUUUUUUUCACUUAUGCCAGUCUAUGUGGCGAAAAAUUCAACACCUAGGUCUAAGUUCUGUUUAUAAAAAUAACAAAAAUAUCAGAAUAAAUUGUAAUAUGAUUAAUGCUUUAGCGUUUUUACCUCUCAAUGAAAUAUCUAGUGGAAUGGCUUAUUUGUACACAAUUAUUCCUAUAGAACUAUUGUUAGUGGCUAAAUAUUUUGAUGACAUCUAUGUCAGUGGUACUAGCGGUACUCCAAUGUUUUCUCCAAUUUUAUGGAAUGUAUUCGAUGUCACAUUGAAUGAUGGUGAUAGAACAAAUAACUAUUGCGAAGGGUGGAAUAAUUAUUUUAAUAAGCUUGUUGGAACAAGCAACCCAUCAUUUUGGUUAGUUCUACAAUGUAUUCAACAAGAUGAAUCUACAAUGCGAAUUGAAAGUAUACGGCAUGAACAGUCUAAUAAUUUAACAUCUCGAAAAAAAAAUAAAAAAUAUACUUCACUUCAAUAUAAACUUCGUGAAACUAUUACCAGUUAUAUAAAUAAAGAAAUUACAAUGGAACAUUUUUUAAAUACCAUAGGGAAACUAUUGUGA